AUGCAUUUAGACGACACCCCGGCCCCCCAGCAGGCCGAGUCGACCCUCUUGUCUCGUCGCCGCCGUCGCAAAUCUCUAGGUGCCUUGCGCGAAAAGGGCGCAAACCCCGAUCCCACAUCGCCUGAAGUCAUUUCGUCGCUGAUAUCGUCCCUGUCCACGAUCUCGGUGCCCUUGAACUCGCAUUUUGAUAACGUGCCGCGAAUUGACUCGAAGGACUCGACCGAUCCCGGUCUGCCCGAAGUGCCGCACACUGCACCCUGCUUCACCAUUCCUCCUUCAGAGCAGCAUGGCCUCGCGAUGAGGUUUGGAACAUGCACAGAGGCGGACGAGCCUCAAAACACACCAGCGCCGCCUUCGCCUAAAUCUCCCAAGUCUCCGCGUUUCAAGCCAUUCAAGUCGAGCGAUGCGUCUACUCGGCCUGCAUCGAGAGACUCUUAUGCGUCAGUAAGGGCCGCUCCCGAAGACACUGCGUUUGGCACGAUCAGCACAGAGUCCGUGCUUCCCCGUGUUUCGACAGCCACGAGUAUCGCCUCCAACAGCUCAACUGGGCGCACAAAAAGUCUCAAGGGCACAUUCGGCCUUCUGAGGAAAUCUUCAUCGCGAGAUCUUGGAAACGACGAAGAUCGCUUGCGCAAAACGAAUAGCCUCAAUGACGGCUUGCGUCAUACUACGCCACGCAAUCGGGCGAGUUUGCGCUCGAUAUACUCCAUGGCGAAUGUGGCGGAAGAGGACGGACCUAGUGGUCUUCAGGAAGAUCCAAGCCAGGCGCUGGCGGCCAGUACCCCGCCAACCAGAGACUACCCCUCAGUCCAUAGUACGCCAGACGGCCACAAUAAUCCUGGAGGCAUCGGAAGCGGAAGAUAUAUCCCUACUCGCGAUUCCUCUCUGAGGCGCCGACAUAGUCAGUCUUCAGGCUCGAAAAAGAGGAGAUCGGGCCGUCAUACUCGAUAUUCGUCCACUGCAAGCAAAGAGUCGGUUUUAGAAAAUGGCCUGCCAGGAACGAGCAAUGAUGCCGAGCAAGUGACUCGGAGGAUCCAAGAAUUGAAGGAUCAACAGCAACGAAUCAAGACCGAGCUCGAAACGGAUGACAGCCCUGGUCUAUCUAUGAAGACGACACCUGCCAAGCAAACCAAGCCCUUUCGCAGUAUCAGCCAAGUGGAUCAUACCGCGAUGUCUAAGCAGCCGAACGGCGAAUCUCCUUCCUUACUUGACAGCGCUCCGUCCCCGUCAGUGAUGACCGGAAAGAGCCGACCUGGGAAGCCUGGGCAGCCCUUGGCGCCAAAAAACACCAAUUUCAUUCCUCAAUUCCCAACGCCACCAUCAGAAAAAGUCGAACAGUCUCGUUAUAGGCGGUCAUUGGAGCCAGCCACGCCGACCAAGCAACACCGCCGCACAUCUUCUGGUCAUUUGUCGGCCGGACGUCCCUCAAUUAACACCGAGAGACCGUCCAGUGCAGAUUCGAUUGAUCUAGCGGUUGAGGACUAUGUUUUCUCUCCGAAGUUGACUCAGAGAGUACUUCAUCCUACCAGCAGCCGCACUAUUGCGUUCUCUGAAGUGGGCAACCCUAAAGGUCACGUCGUGCUCUGCUGCUUGGGAAUGGGUCUUACCCGAUAUCUCAUGUCGUUUUAUGACGAGCUGGCCCGAACUCUCAAUCUGCGGCUGAUUACUCUAGACCGACCCGGUGUUGGAGAGAGCGGACCGCACCAACCUGACGAGCCGAGCAAUCCUCUCAGCUGGCCUGAUGAUGUCGCCAUCGUUUGUAAUUACCUUCGGGUCACUAAAUUCUCUAUUCUCGCACACUCCGCCGGAGCAAUCUACGCUCUGGCCACCGCUCUUCGUAUACCACAACAUAUCCGAGGACGUAUUCACCUUUUGGCUCCAUGGAUUCCUCCAUCCCAACUCUCUACCAUCGGUUCCCAGAAAGAGCCUGCGCCAACCAAUGCGGUUCCAUAUUCGCAAAAGAUCCUCCGUGCUCUUCCGACAUCUCUUCUCAAAAUAGCCAACACCAGUUUCAUGAGUGCUACCAGCGCGAGUAUAACCACCAGUCUCCCUAAAUCCCCUCGACGAACAAAACGCAAACCCGUGAAAGAGACACCUGUCGUGGAACAUGAACCGCCCAUGCCAGAGAGUACGCCGGGCGUCAAGAUUGAUUCCCAGCAGCAAGACGGAAAUUCGGCGCCGCAGGGCGGGCCAAAGACAUCUGUUGCUCAUGCCAGGCGCAGUGAUGCGACUCUUGGCUCUAGCGUAAAGUCUCCCGAAGAAGAGCGGGAGCGCCAACAAGACUACGACACCCGCCUUACUCACAGAAUUUGGGAGCUGGCUACCACAAAUGCCAAUCCGGCCGUUGAUCUCUUGACCUGUCUGGAACGCCGACAGACCAUUGGCUUCCGUUACGUGGAUAUCACUCGAUCUGUGGUCAUCCAUCAUGGUAGCAAAGACACUCGUGUGCCCGCUGAUAAUGUUCAAUGGCUGGGUAAAACGAUGCGGCGCUGUGAAGUACGAAUUCUGGAGGGCGAAGGUCAUGGCCUCAUGGCUUCUGCCGGAGUAAUGGGCAGCGUUCUCACCGAGAUCGCCAAGGAGUGGGAAGAUUGGACUACCAUCGUCCAGGGCAAACGCCGAGCAAAUGCUAAUCAAACUGCCCGACACGGACUUUCUGCUCAUGCCUGA